AUGAAAUAUGUUCUCGGCACAUUGAUGGAAGGCAACACCUCGCUUACUCUCCCAGCUGACCUCCUGGAAUCAUGUUUCGCAUGGCACUGGUCGGCAGACCUCGGUGAUGUUAGGGAGCAGAGACAAGAGAGACUGAGAAUAUACGAAUACCUGUACAAGCAAGGAGCAGAGUUGAGCCCAGGUCCCCAUCUUGCAGCCCUUGUCAAUGCAGGUGGGCGGGAGGAACUCGUGCGACAGGUUCUGGCUUCGGGAUCCGACAUCAACGCGUAUUCUUUUGAUAAUUACGCCUCAUAUACACCUCUCCAGGCUGCGGCAAAGCGUGGGAAUGAAACCCUUGUCUGCCUCUUUCUGCAGCAAGGGGCCGACGUCAACAGUCCUGCACGCGGCUUAAACGGCCGCACCGCGCUACAAGGCCUCUGUUUGUGGGAUCCAGCUACCGAGGAGGAGCAUCAACGCAAAAUUCGAAUCUGCCGUCUCCUGAUCGAUCAAGGCGCAGACGUCAAUGCCGCGCCUGCUAAACGCGGGUUGACGGCUUUAGCAGCGGCAGCAACCAAGGGAGAUCUGGAGCUAGCUGUGCUUUUACUCCGCGAGGCCGCCGACAUCAAUGCACCAUCGUGCUGGUUGGGCGGCACAGAUACGGCCUUAGACAUCGUUGCUCACUAUGGACGUUUGGACAUGGUUAAGUUCCUCCUCAAAGCUAAUGCUUUGAGUGGUGAUCGUGGUGUAAAUGGCUAUAAGGGCGCCAUUUCGAAGGCUGAAUCUUGGGGCCAUUUAGCUGUCGCAGGUUUGAUUUGCGAACAUGCGGCAAAAGUCACGGAAGGGGCUGUGUUCAACCCUGAACUUUGGAAACCGCCAAAAGACUACCGAAUGUGUGAGUUCGGCACAGACGAGGAAUCCUGA